ACCUUAUUGAGGAACAUGGGCCUGCUGGAUGUUUUCACCUCCAUCAAAGUCAAAGCUGAAAACUUUCUGAAUGAGAAGAAUGUGGUGACAGAUUUUCUGGGGAAGUUGGAGGAGAAAACUGGGAUAAAGAAGAAGAUCAUCGCUGCUGGUGCCGUCUCACUGACUGGACUCUACCUGGUGUACGGAUAUGGUGCCUCCCUGGUCUGCAACCUGAUCGGUUUCGUCUACCCAGCUUAUUAUUCAAUCAAAGCCAUCGAAAGUCUGAACAAAGAAGACGACACAAAAUGGCUGACGUACUGGGUGGUGUACGGCGUCUUCAGUCUGGGCGAGUUCUUCUCCGAUAUUUUCCUCUACUGGUUCCCGUUUUACUACGCUUUUAAGUGUCUCUUUCUGUUGUGGUGCAUGGCCCCGAUGUCCUGGAACGGCUCCCAGAUCAUCUACAACAAAGUGGUUCGGCCCAUCUUCCUCCGCCACGAGGCCACGGUGGACAACAUGGUCAGCGACAUCAGUGGGAAAGCCAUGAGCGCUGCAGAGAACCUCACCAGAGAAGUGCUGUCCAGUCUGGUGAAGAAUAAAUCUAUAGUGACGCCGGCACCACCCGAGACUAGAAGUUUACCGAGCUCAUCAGGAGAAACAUCAUCAGCUAAAGUUGCUCCAUCGCUGCCAAGUGAAGAACAAAGAGAGGAACUCAGUGUAGAUUGACGUCUGUCAGAUAGCAGUGGAGGAAGAGGAGGAGCUUCAGUGAGGAAGAGGAGGACAGAGUGAAGGUUUUCCUCUUCAUCUUGACAGCAUCGCUCCUGUCACAGAGACUCGUUUCCCUUUUUAGAGGUUUUACUUUUGUCCCAGGCUGAGGCAGGAUUUCAUGGAAAAAUGUUGCUGGCACAGAAAAUCUCUGCAAACUGUUUCUUGUUUUCCUUUCACUUCAUUUAUUUAUAUUUAUGAUUUUAAACAUCCAUGGUUGAUUUAUUUAUUUUGAUGCGAAGCUUCUAAAACUGUAAAUUAUAAUUCACUCAUUAACUUACUGAUCUGGAACUGAACCGUUGUCCUGAUAUAGAGACCGCUCCAGGAGCUUGGACACUGGGGCAUGUACAGCAGCUCAUUGCAGCUUGCCGUGAUCAUAUAGUGAUUAGUACUCUGUGUUGUGUCCGCAGCAACUCCAGUUCGAGUCCAGGUCACGGUAGGUGGACUGUAUUUUGUGAAAUUACCUGCUGAGGGAUCAGAAAAAGUUUGUCUUAUUUGUAGUUUUUUAAUUUGAGAGGUUUAUGUGAAGUGAAGCCAGUAUAACGAAAGAGCUUCAGACCUUGUACUUAACCUCCGUAGUUUAGAAUGGUUGAAAAAUCAUUCAGUUCACACAGGACCCGGUGACGUAUUCACACAGAAGACGCAAAGUCUGUGCUUUACUUGAAAUCGCUGACGUCAUCUGUGGUUUGAACAGGCAGCUAUGUAAUUCAGUGUUGAGCCACUUAAAAGAAAGAAAAAUGCUGCCAUGAUGUCGUCCACCUAAUUAUCUUUAGAGAUUCUAGCUUUUUCUGAAUAUGACUCAGGUUUUCUGAAUUUGCACUAAAAAUACUCCAAACCUUCAUUUAUUGUCACCAACGCUGCGAUUCUGGACAGAGAAGGUACAAAUUAAAACCAGAAAACAACGUCAAAUCACAGAGAUGCUGAUUCACACCAGACUAAUGUUAUUGCAGGACCUGUGUUUGGUGAAAUAUGGUCAGUAAAUUGUGGUGGAAUUUUUACUUUACAGAUUGCCUACAUGGAAGAUUCACAAUGGAUCAUGAUCAUAGACAAAAGGUCCCCGAUACCACUAUACUACUAUAAUACUAGUGACGUGCAACAGUUCACAUUUUCUGCUGCUUCAUAUAUUCGGCUUUAUUAAUAUGUUAACCCACGUGCCGUCCUGUGGGUCAAAAUUGACCUAUUUUAAAGCUUGAAAAUGUGGAAAUAUAUAUAUAUUUUCCCAGUGAAACUUCUGAUGUCCACAUUUUCAACAUUUUUGGAAAUCUUUGAACAUUUUUUGGUGGAAAAAAAAUGUUAAAAAUGUUUCUUAAAAACAUUUUUCUUAAGUUUUACUGAAUACAUAUGCAAUCACUUUAGAUAUUUUUAGGAUUCUUUUUUUUUUGGAAGAUUUUUACUCAUUUUUUGAAAAUAUUUACAAGAGCUUUCUUGCCAAUUUUAAAAAAAAAACAAAAAAAAAAACAACUUUUAAGGGAAACUUUUACGGAAUUGUUGGAAUUUUCUUCCUGAAGGUUUUACAAAUUUUCAGUAAUUUGUUGAAAUUUUUUGCUGGAUUUUUUCAGACAAGGAAACAAUAUGUUUUGGUGCCCAUAAAUAAGGAGAACAGGAGGUUUAAACAGAAGAAAAUAGACGUAGGCUAGAAAUAUGUUUUUUUUGUCCAUCAGCAAUUACUCUAAUCUAAUACUGAUCUAUUGUAAUGUGAAUAAUCCAUGCAUUACAGUUUCCAUCCUCCAGCCAGCAGGGGGAGAUGGCAUUUGUAUGAGAAAGGCAGCAGCUAGGAGUUCUGAGGUGCUGCAGUUUGACCAUCAACAGAUUUCUCUAUAGUCUGACAGUUACUGCUUUCACAGUUGUAUAGCUGCUGCUGCUGGUAGUUUAUUUAUUUACUUAUUUCUUGUGUGUUUGCAUGCUUCUACAUCUGCUGAACUGAAUAUUUCUGAGUGGAUCCAGUUUGGGUGCUUCGCAUCAAUUACUGUGUUUCUUUUUACCUGUUAAGUUUAUUAUUUCUACUUUUAGUUUUUUUGUAAAUGAGAUUAGACACUGAAAAUCACUGGGUCAAAAAUGGACCAUGUUUGGGUAAAUAUGGCAAAGAUGCAGCACUGAAUUUACUGUACCUGCUGCUGAUGUGGUGCUUACUGUUGGGUUAUUGAUCAAUUUGACUCAGCGUUAGUAGGGCUGCAAGUAGUGAUUACUUCCAUAGUUGAUUAAUCUGUUGAUUAUUUUCUUCAUUAAUCAAUCGGGUGUCACAUGUACGAAGCUGCAAUCAGAGAAUUUAGACUGUCUUAAAAACUAACUCCUGGAUUAGUCAAUUCUCUGUAUACUAGGUGAUUUAUGUAGUUGUGGACAACUACAUUUUAAAUGUUGCUUCUCUACGUGUUAUUUUCAUUUGAUUGGUAAUUAGAUUUAUUCCUGAAAAGUCUUUAUUUUGACACCACGGCUGAAGUGUUUGUGUUGAUGCUAUAUAUUAUCAAACUGGACUAGUUCUGACCCAGUGAUUUUAGUGCAUAUGGUAUUAUUGAUAUUUGAUGAUUACAUUAUGAUAAGAAAUAAAACCUGUUUAUCAGAAUCAAA